AUGGAAGCAUUCACAAAAGAACAAGAACAAUUCCUCAUUAAGUUAGUAAGAGAAUGUGGUAGAAAUGAAAUAGAAGGAGAAAGAACUGGAGAAUAUAAAGAGGAAGCAGAAAAAUUAGGACUUGACUGUAGUUGUGGUGGGUGUUUUGUUACUUAUACAUUACAUGGUGAUCUUAGAGGAUGUAUUGGAUGUUUUUCACCUCAUGGUCCUUUUUACCAAAUUGUGAAGAAAUAUUGUAAAUAUGCCCUCCAUGACGACCGAUUUGAUCCAAUGACAUUAAGUGAAUUUGAACAAGUUGAUAUUGCUGUUAGUAUGUUAACAGAACCAAUUUAUGUUAAAGAUCCUUUAAAAGCAGUAAUUCCAGGAAUACAUGGAAUUAUUGUAAGUAAAGGGAAAUUAAAUGGAACAUAUUUACCAGAAGUAUGUACUGAAGAAAAUUGGGAUGUUAAAACAUUUGUUACUCAUUGUGCUCGAUAUAAGGCUGGUAUUUAUGGUGAUGUUUUAAAUGAUCCUGAGGUAAAAUGGCAAACGUAUAAAAGUAUUGUUGCACAUUCAAAAUGA